ACAGAUUCAAAGAAAGCGAUAGUUAUUUUUAUAUUACAGAUUCGAAGAAAGCGUUAGUUAUUUUCAUAUUUAUUAUUGAUAUUAAUAAAAUAUUAUUAAAACGUUAAAGAUGGAGGUGAACAAACAGAGAACAAUGUGGAGAAAUAGCGACGAAGUUGUUCUAAUAGAUUUGUGGCGGGAACGAGCUGGAGAUUUGCGACGUGCCAAACGUAAUUUUCACAUCUAUGCCGACAUAUCGGUGCAAAUGGCACAUAAAUUUACACCAAAAGAAGUGCAUAUUAAAAUACGCAACCUUACACAAAAAUAUAGAGAGGAAAGGAAAAAAGUUGGACCCUCGGGGGGCAGCCCAUCGCUGUGGAAACAUUUUGAUGCGGUCCAUCAAAUUAUUGGACUGACAGUAACCAAUACAGCUGAAGUACAUGAGUCAUUUACUGUGUCAUCUAUGGCUAUAGGAUCGCCAGAACCAAUAUCGCCAGAGCCAGAACCAAUGUCGCCAGAGCCAGAACCAAUGUCGCCUGAACCGGUAUGUACGCCAGUAAUGACAUUGACGAACUCGCCAUUAAUGUCGCCACCAGGCAGCUCGACAUCAGCAGCGGGGGCAUCUGCAAAUAAAAAGAGAAACUAUAUGGGUGAACUUGUAAAAGUGGCAAAAGAACAAAACGAAUUGCUGAAGACAGUGGUGGAGGACGGGAAAAUAUUGACCGAGAGAGUUGUUACUGCAAUCGAAGAACAAAGUAAUAAUACAAAAGAGUUUAUAGGUAUUAUGAAAAAUAUUUUAGAAAAAAUGUAAAUAAUGUGAAAAUGAUAAAAAUGAUUUGAACUGAAUAUUAAUUUUAGAAAAAAUGUAAAUAAUGUGAAAAUGAAAAAAAAUGAAUUUGAAAUGAAUAAUAUUUUUAGAAAAAAUGUGAAAAUGAUAAAAAUGAAUUUGAACUGAAUAUUAAUUUUAGAAAAAAUGUAAAAAUAAAAUGGAUUCAAACUAAAUAUAAAUUUUGGAAAUGUAUUGGAA